AUGAACAACUACUAUCCAUACGGGUACUCGCCGUACCCGGGGCAGCCUCCUCCCCAGCCCUACGCGUAUCCGACGGCACCUCCCUUUCCCGCGCAACCCUAUCCCCCGCCCGCCCCGAACAACGCGUUCGAUGCUCAACCCCAUUUUCGCGAUACCUACGACCAGUCGCAGCAUAUGAUACCCGGACUGGGCUACGGUCAACCAACCCAGACAUUCGGCUGGCAGCAACCGAUACAACCACCUCCAGCACCCGAGGCAGCAUCGUUAGCGCAAGCGCUGCCCCAGUACCAGCACCAGCAGUGGCCUUCGCGCGACGAACCCAAGCUCAUUCCCGCUGCGCAGUACUACCGACCGAAAAGUGUGACCAUGGAGGCAUCCAAGGCUCGAGCUCUGGCAUCCACUCGAGGGGCCCCGCAGCCUGCCCCAAAGCAAUCGCAUAACAGCACUAACAGCACUGAAGAGGGGGAGCUUAGCGAGGGCGAAUUCGACGAUUUGUACGAGCCCGCAGACACCAUCAUGGACACCAGCCCCCGUCGGCCGGCCGUUGCCUCUUCCUCAGCGACGACCGCCAAGAACCGUACCGGUAAUGGAAAUGCUGCCCCUACGUGGGCCCAAGGUCCAGAGCACAAGCGGGCGCAAAGCCCUGCUGCUUUCGAUGCAGCUGCUCGGGAUCGAUCAGGCUCCUACUCCCCCUAUCUAUCUCCCCGCGAAAUGAAUCCUCCCCUCAACGUCAACAACGGACAUCGCCAAAUUUCCCAGCAAGCGCAGCUGUCAAACGGCCAAGCAGUUCAGUCGAGCUCAUCUGCGACUGCUCCAUUAGGUCUCGAGGAUGCCCGAAAGCAGGCCCGAGCAGCCAUCCUCAAUCUUUGGCCCAUGAACGUUCGCUACCAGCAGUAUGUCGACGAAGGCAUCGAUGCAACAGUCGUCAGGAACUUGUUUUCUGAGCUGGGCUUGGAUGCCAGUACCCCCAACCAAGCCGGCGGCUCAGGGGUCUCUGCUCCUCCGGCAAUGACCACUUCUCAUUCACCUUCCCAAGCAAGCUUCAAGGCUCCUGGAGGACAGGCAUCUGUAGCAGCUGUGAAGCCUGGUGUACAGGAACAAGCACCAGCUUCAACAGCCAAGUCAGCUGGGGAGGAGAGAAAGGACCGGAUCGCUCGUCUCUUGGCCGCAAAGAACGCAAAGGCCGCCCCUUCAUCGUCCACCGCAGCCAGUGCUGAGGCAAAGGCUGCACAAGCUUCUGGAAUGACCGACAAGGAAGCCGUUCAGCAGCAAAAGAUGGACGCCCUCCAAAAGUCCCGCGAGGCACGCGCUCAGAAAGAUGCUGUGCGCAAGAACAGCGUACAAACUGUGCAGUCUGCAAACACAUCACCGGCUGCUACUAGACCUUCCUCAGCAACAAAUGGCACUUCGACUGUCCCUGCAGCAGCCCAGUCUCCUCAGUCUAGCUUGCCCCAAGGACAGUAUCCUUUGCCCACAGCUGCGCCUGCAACCACAAUUCCCGGCCUAUUUAUGUCGACGCCUCAAGCAGCAGCAAGCAACCAGCGGAAACGACCAGUGGCUGCUGACUUUGUCGCAAGCUCACAGGCAAACAAGCGCCCCUUUGGUCAUCAGCGCCAAGACAAGCCUUUUGUAAUCGACGUUAGCGACGCCUCGGACGACGAAGAUAUUGAGAUGGAGAUUACUUCUCCAACAGAGGAGUCUUCUAGCUUCCAACAGGCGAACACUCCACUGCAAAAGACAGCAUCGUUUCGCAACUUUCCGCCACUGACAGACGGGCGACCCCAAGUCAGCCCUGUGCCCAGUAACGUUACGACACCUCAGUCGGGAAUCAUCGCAGCCCAGCCGAAAGCAGGUCAUCUUGAAAAUAUGGAUAAAAAGAUAGAAGCUAUGAAGCGCAAGAUCGCAUUGGCCGAGGCUAAGGCCAAGCUGAAGGCUGCUAUGAGUGGCCAAGCAUCUGGCCUCAAGUCUAACGGACAAACGCCAGACGCCACUGCGGACUCGGAUGGAAGCAAACCUGCCAUCAGACGAGUGCAAUCCAUGGGUGCGUCCAGUGCAUCUGAUCAGCCCAACCCCAACGCCCCGUCUUCGCCGGUGGUUGCCGAAGCGGGCAGCUCGAUGCGUCUGCCAAAGCCAUCCGAGAGGAGGGCCGAGGCUGCUUCCGUUCGCGCCCAGAAGUUCAGAGAAGUCAGCACCAGUCUCCCACUCGUUGAGGGCAGAUUAAAGGCAAAGAAGAGCAAAUUGCGUCUUCUGCAGUCUCAAAUCGCUCGGUUACAGAAGGAGAUUGAAGAAGAGGGCGCUGAGAAGGAGAAGUUGACCCAGGAGAUGGAACAGCUCAACCAAGACUCCGACGAGUCCGGCGAUCCUCAAAGCCUGCCCAAGAGCAACUCUGUGGAUCCUGUUGCUACACAGACCCUUGUCGGGCCUCAGUCCGAUGUGCAGGCUGAUGUCCCUGCCGCUGACACCGCAGUAUUGGCUUCGAGCGCGGUCACUUCGGCCCUUUCCAGCAUAGAAGCCCCCAAGCCCCAGCCCCCUGUUGCGCAAAGCAUUGAAGAUUCUUCCAUCGCGGCACAAGCCGAUGUUGCUGCUACUGGUAAAGCUGCGACGAACCCCCCUGAUGUCCCUGAUGCCACAGUCCAGGCAGUGCCCGCGCCCAUUGAGGCACCCGUCAAUCCGCACUUCGAGACCAUGAAGUUGCCGGACGACCAGAUUCUCCUCCAGCUUGGCGGCACCAAACUUGACGGAGACGAAAGGAACCAUUUCAACGACGGAUUGCGCAAGGUCCUGCAAGACAUGAGAGCCAAGAACAUCAGAGACUUCCCCAGCAUCGCUAGGGGCAUCGUCGAGUACCACAAAAGCUUCAACGGCGAUCCAUCCAAGAUCUUGCCAUUGGGCAAUGUGUCACUUUAG